GCCUUCCCUUCCUGGCGCUACCUUCUUGACUUCGCCCGCGUACCUCCUCCGUCUCUCGUCGCAUCGACCGACCUCAAUCACCCACCGGUUUCUUCCCACGUCUACACCCGCAUCGCCCACCAUGUCCGACCCGCUCCUCUUCGAAGACACCUUCACGAUCACCACGAUCAACUCGCAGAAAUACGACCGCGUGUCUCGUCUCAGCUGCAACUCCACCGACAACUUCACCCACUUCACCCUCGAUGUGAACUCCGAGCUGUACCCUUGCGCCGUCGGCGAAUCCGUCUCCAUGGCCCUUGCGUCCACCCUGUCGCUGGAUGGCAAGGACGAGUCCGGGAACAAAGGCUGGAGGGACGUCGGCAUGGGCGAGCAGACUCUGGCCAACGACUACGACUACGUCUGCCACGGAAAGGUUUACCGCUUCGAGGAGGGCUCGACCCAGGGGAACAUGGCCGUCUUCAUCUCCUUCGGUGGUCUGCUGCUCUACCUUGAGGGUCCCUACAAGAAGUUGGCGCCUCUCAGAAUCGACUACGUGUACCUGCUGCUGAAGAAAUAGAGGCGUCUCUAUUAUUCUAUUCUAUGGAAGGUUCCGGGACGACAGGUCCCGGAGAGGAGAUCAGCAAAGGAACAAAGAAAGAAAGAAAGAAAGAAAGAAAGGAAAAAGUGGAUUU